AGAAAAUUCGUAGUCUCUCUCUCACUGUGUGACCAAUCGCGGUUCAGGUCUCACUCACUCUCCCUUCCGAGAGAUCAAAACCACCCAAAUCAAACCCAACCCGAUGCCGCCCGCCACGCCAUUCGCCACCGCCUCCGCCACCAUCCGCCGGCGGGUCCUCCAGUCUCUCCGAACCCGCGGCGGGGCGGAGUCUGGUCCCAGCCGGUGGACGAGCCCGGGCCACGAGGAGCGGCCCAAGGGGUACCUCUUCAACCGGACCCCCCCGCCCCCGGGCCAGUCCCGCAAGUGGGAAGACUGGGAACUGCCCUGCUACAUCACCAGCUUCCUCACCAUCGUGAUCCUGGGUGUUGGGCUCAACGCCAAGCCCGAUUUGACCAUCGAAACAUGGGCCCACGAGAAGGCCCUUGAGCGCCUGAAGAUCGAGAACGCCCUCGCCUCCAAUAACGACUCCUCCGAAUGAAUCUGCAUCAGUUCCUUCCAUCUAUGCAUCCCACACUCGCUUUUGCUAGCUUUUGUUUUAAAGCCAUAAAUAGGGUUUUCGCUGUAAUAAGGGUAUAACAACUCUCGGAAUUUUUCAAUUCCCUUUAUUACUCUUAAAUUUUACUUUUUCUUUUGCGUUUUUUAGUUUUGCAUUGUCAUGAGAUUGUUGACUCGCUUCCUGUUAUUAUCGAAUGUGGAUAAGGCGUUGUUCUUGCGUUA